GCGUGGGAAGCUACCUGAGCGCAGCUGCCCAGGUAUGAACAGUAAUGGCCUCUAUUUCACUUCCGAGUUCCUUGGUAGACCAUGGAUUGGAUGAACUGUAUCCGUCUCCAUCAUGAUGUGCAACACCAAGUCUUGUCACUAUGUCUGUGUUUGCUUAGUGGCCAAAUAAAUGACAUUCAGAACUUCAGCUAAGGUACAGUAAGACUAUGUCAGAGAGUCACAAUGACCUUGCACAAUAGCAGUACAACCUUGCCUUUGUUUCCAAACAUCAGCACCUCCUGGAUAUACAGCCCAUCAGAAGCGGGGCUACCCCCAGGGACAGUCACUCAUUUUGGCAGCUACAACAUUUCACAUGCAGCUGGGAAUUUCUCCUCCCCCAAUGGUACCACUAGUGACCCUCUAGGAGGUCAUACCGUCUGGCAAGUGGUCUUUAUCGCAUUCUUAACAGGCUUCCUGGCCCUGGUGACCAUCAUCGGCAACAUCCUCGUCAUAGUGGCCUUUAAGGUCAACAAACAGCUGAAGACAGUCAACAACUACUUCCUCCUAAGCCUGGCCUGUGCGGAUCUGAUCAUCGGGGUCAUUUCCAUGAAUCUGUUUACUACCUACAUCAUCAUGAACAGAUGGGCUUUGGGGAACUUGGCCUGUGACCUCUGGCUUUCCAUUGACUACGUGGCCAGCAACGCUUCUGUCAUGAACCUUCUGGUCAUUAGCUUUGACAGGUACUUUUCCAUCACAAGGCCACUCACAUACCGAGCCAAAAGAACAACAAAGAGGGCCGGUGUGAUGAUUGGUCUGGCGUGGAUCAUCUCCUUCGUCCUUUGGGCUCCUGCCAUCUUGUUCUGGCAGUAUUUUGUGGGGAAGCGGACUGUGCCUCCAGGGGAGUGCUUCAUUCAGUUCCUCAGUGAGCCCACUAUCACCUUCGGCACGGCCAUUGCCGCCUUUUAUAUGCCUGUCACCAUUAUGACUAUUUUGUACUGGAGAAUCUAUAAGGAAACUGAAAAGCGUACCAAAGAGCUUGCUGGCCUGCAGGCCUCUGGGACAGAAGCAGAGACAGAAAACUUUGUCCACCCCACGGGCAGUUCUCGAAGCUGCAGCAGCUAUGAGCUGCAGCAGCAGAGCCUGAAGCACUCGUCCAGGAGAAAGUACGGCCGCUGCCACUUCUGGUUCACAAGCAAGAGCUGGAAGCCUAGCACCGAACAGAUGGACCAAGACCACAGCAGCAGUGACAGCUGGAACAACAAUGAUGCUGCUGCUUCCCUGGAAAACUCAGCGUCCUCCGAUGAGGAGGACAUUGGCUCAGAGACAAGAGCCAUCUACUCUAUUGUGCUCAAACUUCCAGGACACAGCACCAUCCUCAACUCCACCAAACUGCCCUCCUCUGACAGCCUGCAGGUACCUGAGGAGGAGCUAGGCCCCAUGGACAUGGAGAGAAAUGCCAAUGAGCUUCAGACCCAGAAAAGCAUGGAUGACAGUGGCAAUUUUCAAAAAAGCUUCUCCAAACUCCCCAUCCAGUUGGAGUCCACCAUGGACACAGCCAAGACUUCUGAUGCCAACUCCUCAGUGGGUAAGACCAUGGCCACUCUACCUCUGUCCUUCAAGGAAGCCACACUGGCCAAGAGGUUUGCUCUGAAGACCAGAAGUCAGAUCACAAAGCGGAAGAGGAUGUCUCUCAUCAAGGAGAAGAAGGCGGCGCAGACCCUCAGCGCCAUCUUACUCGCCUUCAUCAUCACGUGGACGCCCUACAACAUCAUGGUUCUGGUGAAUACUUUUUGUGACAGCUGCAUCCCCAAAACCUAUUGGAAUCUGGGCUACUGGCUGUGCUACAUCAACAGCACCGUGAACCCCGUAUGCUAUGCCCUGUGCAACAAAACCUUCAGAAACACCUUCAAGAUGCUACUGCUGUGCCAGUGUGACAAGAGGAAAAGGCGCAAGCAGCAGUACCAGCAGAGACAGUCGGUCAUUUUCCACAAGCGCGUGCCCGAGCAGGCCUUGUAGAAGGACGUUUGAUCACUAGCAGUGAAAAGACGCACACAUCAACCCACAGACCUUAGGAGGAGAAAGGUGAGGGUGGGGUGAUUCCUGGUGGUGAUAAAAAUGGUUUUUUUAAUCACCCACAUAUGAAAGAAGCUGCCUGUUUACUCACCCAUUGAAUAAACUGAUUUUAACAGUAAAAGUCAAACACCAA